GAGGGCUGCCGGGUGCUGGGUAUGGUAGGAAGGACAGGCCACAAGUGAUGUCUGGUAUUUCUUCCACUGCCACCAUUCUUAAGGCUGCAUUUCUGCCCGUGGUCUGUCUAGUAGUCUCCUACAUUACAGACAGCUGCUCUAGCUCAUCAGCCUGAGGUCUGUGCCCUCAUCUACUCCGUCCGUCCUCGAAGUCUGCAUCACCAGUCCCUCUACCCUGAUCUCUGCCAAGGAUUGAAAAAAGGGAAAGAGAGGGAAAUAGUCAUUAUAGUUGAUGAAAACAUUUCAGUUUUCUUAAAGUUGAAAGAUUCUGUUUUCUUCCGCUGAUCAUUGACGAAUAGUGGAUUUGAUCCCUCAACACAUCAAGCCAACUGGUGAUAGACUCAAUUUUCUGCCUCAGGGGAGAGAGAUAAACAGUUUUCUGUUUGGACUCUAGAAGAGAGACUCGACAUUGGGGGACAAACCCAGUCAUCUUUAGCCAGGACACUGAAAGAGACUAAGUUUUCUGCUUUACCCUGACAGACACAACUUUCUGUGUCAAGACAAGACAUGACGAGGAGUCUUCUGUCUGAACAGAGACACACAGCCUAGAAAGAGAGACCAAGACUUGGAUUUCACCCUCUCAGGGACAGCUUUUUGCCUUAAUACUGAAACUGAGACUACGACUGCUCUACUACAAUAUUCCUUAGCCCUAAUAUUGAGAGUCCUUCACUUUUUCUUCCCUGUCACCUGAGCACUGAGAAAACCUUUCUGCAUUUUCAUUUUUAACAGAAAAGGAACCAGCCUGGUCUAAGCAGCUGCAUCUCAGGCCGUUCCAGAAGUGUGGUGUGUGACGGGUGAUGGCCGACUGGAGUCUCCUGGGCAACUUCUUGGAAGAGGUGCAGGAGCACUCCACGUCUGUGGGCAAGGUGUGGCUCACCAUCCUCUUCAUCUUCCGUAUUCUGGUCUUGGGCACGGCCGCCGAGUCGUCGUGGGGCGACGAGCAGGAGGACUUCACCUGCGACACGGAGCAGCCCGGCUGCGAGAACGUUUGUUACGACACGGCCUUCCCCAUCGCCCACAUCCGCUACUGGGUGCUGCAGAUUGUCUUCGUGUCCACGCCGUCGCUCAUCUACAUGGGCCACGCCAUGCACACGGUGCGCAUGGAGGAGAAACGCCGGCGCAAGGAGCAGGAGGACCAGGGGGGAGGUGACGGGGAGGAAGGUGGAGGGGAAGGCGGAGAGGAGAAGCAUUAUCUGGAGCACGGGGAAGAGAAGGGGGGAGAGUGCGGGAAGGAGGGCAGCGGCAUGGGCCGGGUGCGUCUGCGCGGGGCGCUGCUGCAGACUUACGUGUUGAGCAUCCUGAUCCGGACGCUAAUGGAGGUGGUCUUCAUCGUGGUGCAGUACAUCCUCUACGGGGUCUUCCUCAAUGCCCUGUACGUGUGCAACAGCCGGCCCUGUCCACACCCGGUUAACUGUUACGUCUCGCGGCCCACGGAGAAGAAUGUGUUCAUCGUGUUCAUGCUGGCCGUGUCGGGCGUGUCGUUGUUUCUCAGCGCCGUGGAGCUCUACCACCUGGCCUUUAAGCAGUGUCAGAGGUUUCUGAGGAGGAAACGACAACAGCAGCAACAGCAGCAGCAACAGCUGCUACAAGGACGCACGCCUUCAAGCGCUACGGUCAUCACCGCUGAACCUGACAGCCCACCCCGUCCAUCCAUGCCCUGCACCCCACCCCCAGACUUCAGCCAGUGUGUUAGCUCUUCCCCUCACACACACCCCAUGCAUUCCCAAUCCCACCCCCAUCCUAGCUGCCCCCCUUUCAACAACCGGCUGGCCCACCAGCAGAACUCAGUCAACAUGGCCACUGAGCGCCACCGUGUUGUCCACAAUGACCUUGAAACGGAAGACUUCCUGCACGUGACCUAUGAGGGGCACGCCGACACGCCCAAUGCCUGCACCCCGCCCUCUUCGCUGCUCCAAAAUGGCUUCCAAAAUGGUUUCCUGAAGGACAAGAGGCGUCUGAGCAAGACCAGCGGCUCCAGUAGCCGUGUGCGACCCGAUGACUUGGCUGUAUAGCUCCAAUUCCCAACACACACACUGUCCCUGGAUCGUUUCAAACACACACACACACACUCAAGACUGGGAUGACUAUUACUCAUCUGUUGUGGGGGACUAAUUGGAACACUGCAUGGCACAAGUCAACGAAGUCACAAAGUAUCACAAGUCAUGAAACGGAAUACUCGAACUAAUCAAACAGCUGUAGAGGGGUUAGUGCCUUCAUAUUUAGCCCUCAGGACUAAUCCACUAAUGUGACUGUCUGAGACCUCGGUCUGACUGCAUCCUAAAUGGCUCCCUAUUGCCUGUGUAGCGCACUACUUUAAACCAGGGUACAUAUAGCUUUGGUCAAAAGUAGUGCACUAUAUAGGGGAAUACGGUGCCAUUUGAGACAGAGACAUUGACUCUGACUGCGGUCGCGGAGUCUCUCCCUGAGAGACAGGGGGGCCUUGUGCCAGACCUGAGAAUGAGUGGGUCACUGCCACACUAUCAGCUUUGUGACACUGACUGGCUGCUGGGGACAGCUAAGUGGGACAGAUGACAGCCAGUCUGUCACUCAGAGAGAGAGAGAGAGAGAGAGAUAUGUGAAGGACGGCUGCCUGUCAAUGACCCACAAACUUACGCUUAGACGAACGCUCUGCGUGUGUAAGCUUGCUCUCUCUCAUGCAUGCACACAAACACAUACACACACACACACUUUAUAUUUACAGAGGCACGCAGACACUUUCGUUGGCAUACACAAACACAAACACACCAUGUGAAUCCUGAUGUUGUCAUCACUUCCCACCAGAGAUCCAAUAGGACCUACAGGAAUGACCCAUGGGAUUAAAAAAAAAAAAUGGUGUACUUUGUAUGGUUAAAGAGAGACAGACAAAACUACAACCUAUUCUGAUAAGGGCUUUAUUUAUGUGGAGCCAUCAUCGGUUAAAGCAGACGUCCCAAGCUUCCCAGGGUGUGGGGAGGACUUAGUUCAUAGUGCAUAGUUCAGAUACCCUGACUGACCUGGUGCCCCGUUUCCCAAAACCAUCUUAAGGCUAAAUUCAUUGUUAGAACAUUUGUUGGAGCAUCAUUAUAUCUCAGAGCUGUUUCCCGAAACCAUCGUUAUCUACUUUGCAAUUGAGAAACGCUCGUAACCUAACGACGGCCUCGGACAACUCCUAGAACAGCGAAGCGCGUCGGAUGCUUUUUCCGCCCUCCCUCGUCACUUUAUACACAUAAAUCUCUGCUAAACAUGGAAUCACAUGGUUUAUAUGUCUCUGUGACGCCGAUAACUUCAGAACAAAGUCGACUCGAAAUACAAAGGUGCCAAUGUGUUUGCAAUUGAUACAAACAAGCGACAAAUGCAAAUAUGCUUUAAAUGAAAACCCGACAUGACUGCAUUAAAAUAUAAACAGUAGUCUGUAGGCCUAUUUCAAUCAUAUUGAAAUACAUUUCAUGUUCAAUCAAUUGAGUUCUAUUUUGUUCAGGGGCACAAAUUUGGUUUUAGAAGUGGGGAGGACAUAAAUAUAUAUAUAUGUUUAUCCAGUCAGAUAAACACUCCAAAAAUGCAACUUCAGAAUGUGUGGGGGACAUGUCCCCCGUCCACAGUGAAAGUUGCACCCCUGAUUUUGCUACUGUCAGUAUUUGUCUCAACAUAUUCCCUGAUGUGUGCGCAAUGAUGUGCCAAAUCGGUGAUUUGGUGCAUUUUCAUUGGGUAAGCAUUAUUCAUAAAAACUGCCUCAAUGGGAGCUGAUCCGUUGUCAGUAUUGUGAAAUAAUUAUAAUGUUAAGGAAAUAUUUGAAUGGAGAAAGCUGAUCCGAGACCAGCGCUCUUUUUCUUUAGAGCCUAUCAGUAUCAAUGCUCCAACGACGCACUUUGCGACCGUUCUCUCUGUGUGGUGUUUUGGCAGACGCAUGUUACAUCUUCCUUCGGUCGUUGUAGGACAGAUGCAUCAUUAAAACACUCAUAAGCCUAAAUUCCAUUGCUAUCAGAAAACCGGGCAGAGACCUUGACCGCGAAUCUUGCCUAACGAGUGCCUGUCUAUUGUCAAGGAAUGACCGUUUUAGUAAGCCAGAAAGGAAUUCUCAUUUUUGGAAAGGCAUUCCCUUUCAGAAUUAGCAAACAGAAGAACUGAUUAUAUAUAUAUAUAUAUAUAUCUGUGUGUCUUUUUAAAAAAUCUCAGAUUUACGUUUUGAAAUGUUUAACUAAAUCUAAAUACGAAUUAACAAAAAAAUGUCUAGCUAAUUUAACACGUCUUCGUUUAAUGUGAAUUAUAUUGUAUUGGGGUGGUGUCAUUGCGAUCACAUUUUUGUCAACUUUGCACUUUAGCAAAAGGCAAUGUGAAAAUCUAUGUAUCUUUAGUUUUACAAAUGUUUUCAUGUUAAUUUUGUGUAUAAAAGUAUAUAUUGUCUGCCGUUAAAAACACAUUUACCCGUGACACAUGAUAGGAAUUUGCAAGCUGUUUUAUCUACUCAUGUUUCAAGUAGAGCGAUUCUAUUUUGCACACUGUUGACAACGUUCAUUGUACUGUAUAUUGACUGUGUACGGUAAAGACCACUGAUUCUCUUCGCAUUAAGACAAAAUGUCAAACGAGCACAAACUCAAUAUAUACAUCCCAUAUGUAC